UUGUACGUCAAAGUCAAGUGAAUUGUAAAUAUUUCAUUAGAAGAAAAUUUUAUACCACUUCAAACUAGAGUUUGUUUUUAUGAAUAAAAAUGGUAAAUAUAUACACUAACGAAAAUAAUCCGGCUACUUUAAAAUUAAUUAUAGCUAAAAAUAUAGCUAAACAAGUAGUUAAUUUAAAGCUAGUUAAUUUGCAUGAUAAUACCGUCCCGCAGCCGAAACAUCUGCCUUGCCUCGAAUUAGAUAAUCAAGAAAUUUUGUUUUCGGCUAAUACUUCAAUAUGUUAUUUUGUACCAAUUGCUGAUGAAACUUCAGCAGAUAUUGUAGACUUAUUGGAGUGGGAAAGCACCGUUUUAUCGCCUCAAUUGGCUCAAGUACUCGGAAGUUCUUCAAAAAGUGAUAACAUCAAGAACUCCUUGCUCUCUAGUUUAAAGUUCUUGAACGAAUUGCUUCAAAACAGGAAUUUUUUGGUCGGGAAUGACAUUACUCCUGCUGAUAUUGCUAUAUGGAGCACUUUAUAUCCUCUUAGUAGUUGCGAGAAGUUUUCGAAAGAAUUUCUUGGAGCUUCACCAAACAUUAAAAGUUGGAUAGAUUCUUUAAAAUCCAGAAAUGAAUUUAAUGAAGCAAUUGAUUCUUUCAAAUUGGACAGUUCCACAGCUUACAAUGCUCUACUUACCGGUGCCAAGUACUUGUCAACAACAGAAGAUUCCGGUAAAGAAAAAAAAGUACCCGCUCCUCAAGUUGAAAAAGAAUCAAUUCCGGAAACUGUCACGGCAGAGGAACUGGCAUCUGUCAAGGAAUCCUGGAAAAAAGAUAUUACCAAGCAAGUCAAGUUGAAGCAAACUAAUGGACCAGUUUUGCCGAUUCCCGGAGAAAAAAAUGUAUUAAUCACGUCCGCCUUACCUUACGUAAACAACGUUCCUCACCUCGGCAAUCUCAUUGGCUGCGUACUAUCCGCUGAUGUGUUCGCCCGUUUCUCGCGCUUGUGUAACCACAACACCCUGUAUUUGUGUGGCACAGACGAGUACGGCACGGCCACCGAAACCAAGGCUUUGGAAGAGGGACUGACGUGCCAACAAAUCUGCGAUAAAUACCACAAAAUCCACAAAGAAAUUUACGAAUGGUUUAACAUAAGCUUCGAUCACUUCGGUCGAACCUCCACCCCGCAUCAAAAAGAAAUAUGCCAAGACAUGUUCUUCUGUCUUAAUAACAACGGUUUUAUGUUCACCGAAUCCGUGGAUCAGUUGCACUGCGAAAGAUGCAAUAAAUUUCUAGCGGAUAGAUUCGUCGAAGGUGGCUGUCCUCACCCGGGCUGCAAUUACGAGGAUGCAAGGGGCGAUCAAUGCGACGGUUGCGGAAAAUUAAUAAACGCGACCGAAUUGAAAAACCCUAGGUGUAAAACGUGCAGUAAUACGCCAAAAGUGAAAAAAUCUACGCAAUUUUUCAUGGAUUUACCAAAACUUGAGCCACUGGUUCACCAUUGGUUCCGAUUGAGGAGCCCCAAUUGGUCGAGCAACGCCCAAGUGAUAGCUAGAUCUUGGUUGAAGGAAGGUUUGAAACCCAGGUGUAUUACUAGGGAUCUGAAAUGGGGCGUACCUGUACCCGUCGAUGGUUUUAGAGAUAAAGUAUUCUACGUAUGGUUCGAUGCACCUUUGGGGUAUUUGUCUAUUUCUAAAGCGUACACGAAGGAUUACGAAAAGUGGUGGAAACCGGUUAAAGAAGAAGACAUCAGUUAUUAUCAGUUUAUGGCUAAAGAUAAUGUACCGUUCCAUUCGAUAAUGUUCCCGGCUACUAUGUUGGGUGCGAAUAAGGGCUACACCACUGUCAGUCAUUUAAUGGCAACAGAGUAUUUAAAUUAUGAAGAUGGAAAGUUCUCCAAAUCUAGAGGAGUGGGAGUUUUUGGAACAGACGCUCAAAGUACAGGAAUUCCUAGUGAUAUAUGGAGGUUUUAUUUGUUAUACAUUAGACCAGAAUCGCAGGAUUCUAGUUUCAGUUGGACCGACUUUGCGACUAAGAAUAAUUCGGAAUUACUGAAUAAUUUAGGAAAUUUCAUCAACAGGGCUUUAGUCUUCGCUAAAAACAAUUUUAACAGAACUGUGCCGGAAAUGAAUCUUUUAGACGAAGAUUAUAAUUUACUAGCUCUUUGCACUAGAGAAUUAAAGGGAUAUUUGGAUUCGCUAGAGAAAGUGAAGCUUAAGGAUGGUAUUCGACACAUUCUAUCCAUUUCGAGACACGGUAAUCAGUACAUGCAGUCGAAUCAACCUUGGGUGCUACUGAAAGGAUCAGACGAACAAAAAUUACGCGCUGGAACUGUAGUCGGCGUAUGUUGCAACUUAGCCUGCCUCAUUGCUACUCUACUGCAUCCUUAUAUGCCCGAUACAAGCGAGAAUCUUAAAAAGCAAUUAAACGCUAAAAAUAUAGUGCUUAAUCCAAGGCUUCCCGAAAUUAUUAAAAUGCUUCCUUCUGGUCACAAACUCGAAGAACCUUCGCCUUUAUUCGCCAAAAUAGAGCAAGCUGCUAUAGAUGAAUUAAAACGAAAAUUUGCUGGUAAACAACAAUCCGAAGCAAAGAAUUCUACGGGAAAUUCGUCGGAAAUCAAAGAACUAGAAGCUGAAAUUGCUAAGCAGUCGGCUAAAGUUACGUAUAUGAAAUCUAAAGGAGAGCCUAAAGCGCUUUGGCAGCCCGAAGUCGCCAUUCUUCAAGGGCUCAACAAAAAACUGGAAAGCGCGCGAAAGUCCGCGCCUGCGCUCAAUAAGCCCCCGACUCAAAAUAACGUAGCGAAUGGUGGAGAUGUAAAAAAACUCGAAGACGAAAUCGCGAAACAAGCGUUGGUUGUGAGGAAAUUGAAAGAAGGGGGAUCGGAAAAAUCCGUCUGGCAACCAGAAGUGGAUAAACUGCUGGAGUUGAAAAAGCAAUUGGCCCAAGUGUCUGGUGUAGCGUUGCCUCAGAAGGGCAAAAAAGGAAAGAAAUAAAAUUUAAGUAUUACAGUGAAUGUGUGAUUAGUAAUUUAUUUAGAAGUAUUUAUUAAUUAUGUCGUAAUAAAAC